UCAGGAAGGGCCUCCCGAGAGGGGUUGCCCGUCUCAGUUGCCUGAGCAAACUCCGAUAGGGAAAGCGAUCCAUGCGUGCGCGAGCGACUGCUUAGGGCGCGAGGGGGUCGUUCCCGAUUGGGCGGUCGACAGGCUUCUGUCAUGGGGCCGAAAGAACCCUCAACCCGGAAGUGCUGCCACCGAAGCCCUAAUGCGGCUCCCUAGUCGGGCGGCUGAGGAGACAUCCGGGUAUUGAGAGGCUCGUCGCGGGAGCCUCGGACCUCCCCCCCCUUCCCGUUGAUGAGGAGCCCGGAGGCCAUUUAGCCGCGCUUGAUUGGAUGCUUCGGGGCGGGUCAACGCUCAUGGAUCCCACCGUGCUGCAGGAGGCCAGCCGGAUACCUCCCGACGCCAGGACGCACUUCAAAGUCUGCAGGUUCAUCAUGGAGGCAGGUGUGAAGCUGGGCUUGCGCUCCAUCCCUGUUGCCACGGCGUGCAGCAUCUAUCACCGCUUCUUCACGGAGGUGCCUCUGGAAUCCUACGACCCCUACCUGGUAGCCAUGGCGGCUCUGUACCUGGCCGGGAAGGUGGAGGAGCAGCAUCUGCGGACGAGGGACAUCAUCAACGUGUCCCACAGUUCCUGCUCCACUACUUGCUGUCCCUGAAGCACUGGAUGAACCGGCACAGCUGGGAUCGGACCCCGGUGGCCGUGGCGGCCUGGGCCCUCCUGCGGGAUAGCUACCACCGGCCC